CGUGCAACACUGUACUGCCACGCUGCCCGCCAAUAUUUCGUCAGUAAGGUCACUUUGGGUCAGUUUGUCGAUGUACCUGAGAGACCGUGGACCGAACGUUACUUUGCGAAAAUUGAAGAAAUGGAAAAUACGGACACAAGAGUGCGAUUCAGCGGGCGUUUUACAACAAGAAAAAAAUUGAAAAAACAGACUGAUUUUAUAGCGUCGAUGCGUGAAACGAAAAAACGAAAAACCGAAGAGAAAUGUUCGCAAUCGAGCGAUUUAAAUCCGUGCGAAGGAAGACGAAUCGUUGACAUCCAAGAACUCGGGAAGAAUUUAGUAUGUACUUCCUGCACUGAAUGUCUUUCUUUGCAAAACGUGAAAAGUGAAAAACGAUUGGGACUCAAUUCCAUUUUUUUGGUAAAAUGUCACCGUUGUUCAGUGCUAUCAGAUGUUGCGACCGGUAAAAUGCACGCAGGAGGACGAAAACGAAAAGUUUCUGACGUGAAUACUAAGACAGUUCUGGGAUUCGUGCAUGCUGGUGUUGGAAGCACAGCCCUGAAUAAAAUAUUGGCUUGUUUGAACAUCCCGGAAAUGACAUCGAAUAUGUUCAAACGAUAUGAGUGAGAAGUGGGCCGAGCCAUUGAGUCAACAGCCGUGGAAAGCUGUCAACGUGCUGCCGAAGAAGAACGUGCACUAAUUAUCGACAACCUUUAACAAUAUCAGAAAAUAUUUAAACAAAUUGUUAAAAUAUUAUGGUACUUGUUCGCUCAUAUCUUUUUGGAGCGAAAUUGUAAGAUUCGUCCACAAAAAUGUAUAGCGAGAGAUAAACGAAUUUAGCAACACGCGCAAUUAGCCCUGCAGUAAACAUCUGGUACGGGUCGUUGCGCCUCUUUGUAAAAGUCAUAAUCAAAAUUUUACCUGAAUCCGUUGACUACGCACAGACAAUGCGUCUAUGUAUUGUCAAAGGAUUCGGGUAAAAUUUUGACCGUGGUUUUUCCAAGAGGCGCGACGAGCCGCUUGUGUGGCAACUGACUAUCUUAUUAUACAUUACGAUUAGCUUAUUGUACAUUACGAUUACAAUUAGUAAUUACAAUUAGUGAAUCAAUGUAAAUCUAAUUUUACUUGAGCCAGUGUAAAGUACUACAAUUUUCGAAUUAUAGAAAAUAGAUAAGUGAUAAGAAAUAGCUCAUGUUCACAAAAUCGGAAAAUCUAUUUCUGUAUGUAAACGCCCAUUUUUGAAUUAUCCAUCCGAUCCCACUUAUGCUAGACUUGCAAUAUAUGAUAUGUACAUUAUAUACCUAACAUCGUUAUAUCAAGAUACGCGGCAGCGUAUCGACGCCAAGUAAAGAAAAUAAAUAGAAAAAAAAUCAUCAGUCAUGUAUACAUAAAUUAUAUUACAUUCUGCAGAGAUUAUUUACAUUAGUAAGUUAGAAUUGUAAAUAGAAUUAGAAUUGGAACUUUUAAUUAGCCUUAGUUAGAAUUAGAAGUUAAAUGUUAUUUUUUAAUCAACCUCUCAGUUCUACAGUGCAGUUUAUAAUCAUGUGAGAAACACUGAAACAUUUCAA